AUGUCUUUCAGUAUAUUCAAUUCAGGCUAUUACCAGUCCAAGGAAACCCUCUCAGUACCCAUAGAUUCUUCUCCGCACAAGGAUAUUCAUGAGAUUUACCCCAAUGAAAAAUCGUUUUUAAGUGAUUUCAACAUCGAGGAAGAGUUGUUUGCUGGCAUGGGAGGAAGUGGUGCUCAUCAGGGCUUCAACGGAAGUGCCUUCGAUAAAAAUAGGCUGAGUGAUGGUCUGCUGCCUAUGUCCAACAGAGGUGGCUAAAUACACCCAGAUGCUAAGUAAAUGAGGCAGCAGUAGCCUUACGCAUAGCAAAUACCUCAUAAAAACAACGAAAUGUUUAACAAAUUAGUGGGCACCAAGCGAAGGAAACUUGCCAAUUCGAAAGAAUAAGAUGAUUAAGAGCUUAAAUUUGAAUACCUUAAUGAUCCAAAGAUGCAAAAUAUGCAAGGAAUCUACUCUUAAUAGCAAUAUAUAUACGAAAACAGGGUAUUUCAACCACAGACAGGCCAUUAAAACUAUAACAAAGGCGAGUAUGAAUCACAAGUCAAUAUUAAUUCAUCCUCGUCUAUGAUGGAUCCUACAUUCUUACCAAACCCAAAGCACUUAGCCAAAAGGCAUAGCUAAGAUGAGAACACCAGAACUGGGGGAUGCACAGGAGGCGCUACUAGCUAUCAAUCCUCUAUUCGCGCUCUUGAGCAUGAUAACUACACUGAUUAAGAUGACAACUAUUAUAUCACUAAUGAGUCAGGUGCGAGCUUGAUAGACACAGAGGAUUUUAAAAAAAUUAAGAAGCGCAUGCAAAAUAAAGAAAGUGCUGUGAGAUCAAGAAUGAAGAAGAAGGCCUACUAUGAUUAAAUGGAGUCACAGUUUAACAACAUUUCUCAAGAAAACAACAAACUCAAGCUUGACAAUGCUGCUCUGAGGGCCGAGAACCAACUGCUUAAAAGAUACCUUAACUAUUUCGAGAUACUUUUUGCAAAGAAGACCACACAACCUUCACCAAUGAAUCCUCUAACAAAUUCUACAAAAGACUCUAUCAGUACUCACGGAGGAUAUACCCCAGCUAUGCACUCAAACCCUUCGUCCAGAUGUGGAGGCUUGAGUGAUGAUGAAAUAUAUAAUGGCAAGCAACAACUUUACCCCUUCAACAUCAGAAAGAGAUAGCAUAUGAACAGAAACUAAGCGUCUCUCUAGGGAGGCCUUAUCUCUUCUCAUCAUGAUGAAGUUUACUCACAAAUGAGUGCUGAUAAUGAAGCUUCAAGAGGUGUAAUAUCCUCUAAAAAGGACAUAAAGAGUGCAAAGGAUGUUAGCUCUGAGGUUAGUUUCGUUUUGGCAAGAAAAGGCAAUGAGUCUACAGGCUCUAGCAGUCCAGGCAAGUUCGGCAUGUUUACUAUUGCUUUGGUAAUGUGCGUUUGCUGCUUCUCCUCCUUCUUCUCAGCAGGUGGUUCAGAUGACUAAAUUGGCUCUACCACCAGAUACAACGGUCUUGGAAGAAAUAUCAUGGGCUUCAACGGUAAUAAAGCUGGGGUCGAUGCAUCAUUAAACAAUAAUCAAGUGGGCAGUGAUGAUAUAGUCAGCUAAAGCCAAAACAACUAGCAGACUGCAAGUGUAGUUGUGCAAUACUCUCUAAUUUGCUGGAGCAAUUUCUUGAAAAUCAUGUUCUUGGUAUUCUUUGCAGUUCUUGUUUUGACCUUUCCACUCGAUGACAUCAAGUAGUGGGCUGCGCGCAAAUCAUGGCUGAGGAAGAUAUUUAGUCUCAAUGAUAUCCCUCUGUAGGCAAGUAAAAACAUUAAAAAUCUAUGA